AUGAGGUCAAGUUUCGGGUGUCUUCGGCUGAUCGUCAGCGCCGUGGUCCUCGGACUCGCUUCCGCCGAAAGCCCAGCAGUUCCGGACGACGACCCCGUGCUGCCGGAAAUCGAUUCCAGGACCUUCGUUCCAGUGCCGAACGGUGGGGAAAAGCGAAUCGUCCUUGCUCGAAAAGCUGUGUCGGUCACCAACCACACCCCGUCUGCGCAUUCGAUCCGCAGGAAAACAUUCUCCGGACUUUCCAGAACAUCUGCGACCUCCAAGUGGGUGAAUGCUAUGCUGCGCGUAUCUUCACAGUCAUCUCCUACGAUGAGUCCUGCGAGUACGCGAUGCCCGACGGAUUACAACGAGGUCUGCGGUUCUGAUAAUGUGACGUACAAGAACCCUUGCAAAAUGAAGCAAACGGCUUGCAAAUUACGCACUCGCCUGGUAUUCCAAAACUGGGGUCGCUGCAAACGCGAUAAGCUGGUGUUCCCGCAUGUUUACGUCCGCUGAGGGCUCUUCAACUACCAGCAACAGCCACUUCCUAAAGGAUGCACCUGACGGGGGAUCGAUGGAGCGACCUCUUCAUGUGCUAUCCAUCAUUCCUCUCUUUUAUAGAUCGACUAGUUGUCACUCUCAUCCGUGAAAUGUUCUUAAGAUUUAAUGUGUCGUUCCUUGUUUUCUUUUCAUUUUGUGCUGAUCUGCGAUGUCUGUGAAGAAGAGCAUUUUCUGUGCUUGUACUUUUCUGAAAUAAAGCACGCCCAACCAACUAAAGUAAAGCAUUGUAUAA